AUGGCGCCUAACCAGGGUCUCGUGCAUCUCAAGGAGUACGACAUCAAGGAUAGCAAUGUCGAACUCAUUGGCACAGACAUCGACCACCGUGUAAAGUACAAUUCGGCAGCCACCGAGCCGGCAUGGAACGACGGAAAGGUCGGCCAAUCCGCUGGUCUGCACAUCUGGCGAAUUGAAGACUUUGAAGUUGUGCCGUGGCCAAAGGAGAAGUAUGGCCAGUUUAUGGAUGGCGACAGCUACAUCGUCCUUUAUUCAUACAAGGUCGGCUCCAAGGAUGAGUCUGAGAAGCUAGGCCACGAAAUCUUCUUCUGGCUCGGAGCUCAUACAUCCCAAGAUGAGGCCGGUACCGCGGCGUACAAGACGGUGGAGCUUGAUGAGUUCCUGCAGGGAGCGGCGACCCAGCAUCGGGAGGUGCAGUCGGCACCUUCUGACGACUUUUUAGCGCUCUUCCCCUGGAUUCAAAUCCGAUCUGGAGGUGUCAGAUCAGGCUUCCGCCAUGUUGAGGAAGGCGAGCCCAAGCAAGAAAUCCUCACGCUGCUACGCAUUUUCAAGAACCCGUCGGUUGGUGCCAGCGGAGUUGUGGUACACGAGGUCGAGCCGACCUGGCAGAGCCUUGAUGAUGAGGACGUUUUUGUACUGGAUACUGGCGACAAGAUCUGGCAAUGGCAGGGCAAGAGCUGCAGCCCCAUGGAGAAGGCCAAGGCGGCGCAGGUCGUCAACGACAUGACGCUGGCGAAGCAUAUCGACGUUGAGGUCCUCACGCAGGAAGAAUCGAGGUCUCGUGUCAUUGUGUCUCUGCUCGGCGGUGACGAGGACACUCCGCAGAGCGGGUUCCGUUGCCCAAGACCGGUUAGGUCGGCGUCCAAAGCUCACGCCGGCGAGCGGCCUCAAAAGCUUUUCAGGCUCAGUGAUGCCUCUGGCGAGCUUAGAUUCGACCUUGUCAAAGAUGGCAGCAAGGCGAGCCUCUCGGACUUUGACGGCCAGGACGUCUUCCUGUUGGAUGACGCGGGCCGCGCCGUGUGGGUGUGGGAGGGGCAAGGUGCAAGCAGGGGUGAGAAGGCCAACUGGCUCAGGGUUGCCCAGGCGUAUAUUCGACAGUUGCAGGGAGGAGAUGAAGCAAGCGAGGUGCAUCUCACCCCUGUUGCUAAGGUGGUGCAAGGCAACGAGAGCCGCGCAUUCUUGAAGGCUGUGCAGGCUUAA